CGCGCCGGGAGGUCGGCGCGGCGGCGCCCCGCAGGCCGGACUCCGCUUCCCGUGGUGCCCCGCGGCCGGGCCCGCAGCGCGGCGUGGGGGCAGCCAUGCCGAAGGCCAAGGGGAAGACCCGGCGGCAGAAGUUCGCCUACGGCGUCAACCGCAAGCGGCUCUACCGCAGCGCCCGGCGCCGCGCCGCGCCCCGCAUCGAGUGCUCGCACAUCCGCCAUGCGUGGGACGCCACCAAGUCCGUGGCACAGAACCUGGCCGAGAUGGGCCUGGCCGAGGACCCCAACAAGGCCCUGCCCGUCGCCAAGAGGGGGCUGCUGGGAAUGGAGGUGGAGAGCGAUGGGCAAGAGGAAGGGAAGAAGAUUGUGCGAAAGCCCUACGUCUUGAAUGAGAUGGAAUAUGAGGCCAGCCUCCCCGAGAAGAAGUCAAACACGCUCUCGCGAGACCUCAUCGACUACGUGCGGUACAUGAUACAGAACCACGGGGAGAACUACAAGGAAAUGGCUCGCGAUGAGAAGAACUACUACCAGGACACUCCCAAGCAGAUCAAGAGAAAGAUCAACGUGUACAAGAACUUCUAUCCCGAGGAGUACAAGGAUUUUGUUGCAUCGCUCAAGCAGGAAAAGAUGGAUGUGCAGUGACUGUCCCUUUUUUUUUCCUCAGGUCUGCCUGCAAGCGCAGGCUUGGCGCUACCGUUCCAUGAACUGAGAGGGCACUGCCAGACAGGUGACGGCUGCUGACAGGCUGUGCUUUCUGGGGCCAGGGCAAGCUGAGCUAUGCAAAGCCUCUGGCGAAGGAGGAAGAACCUUCAUUAGACAAUUAUAACCAGGCACACAAGGCUCCUGGCUGCGGCUCGUGGCAUUGGGACUGAAUGUGCUGUGCUGCUCCCUUUCUGAGUGGGAGCCAGCGCUGCUUUUGCUUUUUUAAAAUAAAUUACUCUCCCAUGCUGGUA